CCCCUCCUCCAACCUAGUCUAAACUCAACAAAUACAGCCCCAACACACAAUCAAAAAGCCAACCAGAAAAUCAUACCUGAUCAGUCGGGUUCUAGCUUCAUCCAAUGCCGAGAAAAGGAAUGAGGAGCUUCUUCUUUUCACACAAAGCCGAUUCGUCCUCCGCGUCUCACUGCCCUUCACCGUCCCGAUCGACAGCCACUCCUUCGAUCCCUCGGAGAAGCAUCUCCGAUGCAGCAAUGGCGAAGGGUGUUGAAGAGGCAGAGGCCAUGAUUAUGAAAUGGGACGCGGAUACUUCAGCCUAUGCUAAAGUCACUUCUAUCUUUUACGAGAGCAAAAAAGAAGCCCAUGAUUUUAUCAAAUGCGUCAAUGACUUACAGAAGGCAAUGCAUUUCAUGGUGUCCGAGAACUCCAGCUCCGAGAUGGUGGUGCGUGCCCAGCGCUUGAUGCAAAUUGCCAUGAAGAGGCUUCAGAAGGAAUUCUAUCAGAUUCUUUCUACCAACCGCGCUUACUUGGACCCGGAGUCCGUGUCCACUCGAUCAUCACGUUUGUCAGCAAGAUCUAGCACGUCUGACUAUGACGAUGAUGUUGGACCGGAGGAUGAGAUUCGAACGGCAGGCGAUUCCAUUUCUGAGGUCGAACAAGUAUCUAGUAAUGCAAUGGAUGAUCUGAGAUCCAUAGCCGAAUGCAUGAUCUCGUCCGGCUAUGGCAAAGAGUGCGUACGCAUAUACAAAAUUAUCCGCAAGUCUAUAGUGGACGAAGGAAUAUAUCGUCUUGGAGUCGAAAAAUUAAGUUCUUCGCAGAUUCAUAAGAUGGAUUGGGAAAUCGUGGAGUUGAAGAUCAAGAAUUGGCUGGAGGGUAUUAAGAUAUCUAUAACAACACUCUUCACUGGGGAGAGAAUCCUUUGCGAUCAUGUCUUCGCGGCAUCUGACUCCAUGCGUGAGUCUUGUUUUGCGGAAAUCUCAAAAGAAGGAGCGACUCUUCUGUUUGAAUUCCCUAGACUGCUCGUAUCGAAAAGUAAGAGAUCCCCGGAUAUGGCGUUCCGUACACUCGACGUGUACACGGCGAUAUCUGAUAAUUGGCCGGAUAUUGAAUCGAUAUUCUCCUUCGAGUCCACUUCUUCUGUUCGUUUACACGCUCUCACCACGCUCAGCAAACUUGGAGAAUCAGUACGGAUGAUGUUGUCCGAGUUCGAAUCGGUGAUUCAAAAGGACUCGUCCAAAUCGCCAGUUGCAGGCGGAGGACUCCAUCCUUUGACUCAAUACGUGAUGAAUUACUUGUCUCACCUUGCCGACUAUAGCAGCAUUCUUGGCGACAUCAUUGGCGAUUCUCCACCGCCAGUUCAGUCGCCUUUGCCGGAGUUCUACUUCGAAAGUUCAGACUCCGACGACACUCCGGCGCCAGCCAUUUCCGUUCGAUUGGCUUGGAUUAUACUUUUCCUUCUCUGCAAGCUGGAUGGCAAAGCAAAGCAGUACAAAGAGGUGUCUUUAUCGUAUCUCUUCUUAGCGAACAAUCUUCAACACGUCGUUUCAAAAGUCCGUACAUCGAAUCUCCGGUACCUCCUCGGAGACGAGUGGAUCUCCAUGCAUGAAUCUAAGCUCAGACAGUUUGCCGCCAACUACGAACGGUUAGGUUGGGGCCACGUCAUAUCGUCAAUGCCGGAGAACCCGAAGGCUGCCAUUUCGCCGGAGGAAGCCAAGGAAACUUUCCGGAAAUUCAAUUUGGAGUUUGAACAAGCGUAUCGGAAGCAAUCCUCUUAUAUCGUACCAGACCCGAAACUUCGAGACGAAAUAAAAGCUUCCAUCGCCAGGAAACUCGACUCGGUGUAUCAGGAGUUCUACGAGACCCAUCGUGAGACACUGGCCACCAUACGAAAUGCAGAGAUGCUUAUCAGAUUUGCCCCCGAAGAUGUGAGAAAUUGCUUAUCGGAUCUAUUUUACGGCACGGGUUCGGGAGAUUCUAUGAGUGUCUCUUCCACGUCUUCUUCGUCAUCCCCACGACGGCGCCACCGCUGAGAUGUAUAGUGUAUAAUUAUUAUUAUUAUUUUUUUUUUGUAAUUUUUUUCUGGACAUAAAUAUACCUGUUUUGUUUUAU